CUUUGGACACAUACACCAGGGUCCAUACAUCACUUGUACUUCACAUUGCGUGGUAGAACGCCAAACAUUGGCAGCCUUUCUCGCCAGUACAGCUUCUUACCUGUCGCUCGCAUGUCUGGGACUUGAAGGCAUCUUUCAGACCCCGAUCUGUAACUUGUUUCUUGCGAUACCUCACAGUUACCUCCUCCAUUCGAUCUACGAUGCGUGCAUUUCAAAAUCCUCUUCUCUCGGCGACGCUCUCUUCCCUGGCACUCAUCGCGCCAUUCCCAGCCUCUGCAUUCUACCUCCCAGGCGUUGCGCCUACGUCCUACAGAAUUGGCGACGAGGUUCCUUUAUACGUGAACUCACUCACACCAACAGACACAGACGAUGACCGAAAGUUGCGGUCUGUGUUCUCUUUCGAUUACUAUCAUGACGCAUUCCAUUACUGCAAACCGAAGGAUGGUCCAAAAAAUAUACAGGAGUCGCUAGGAAGCAUAAUAUUUGGAGACCGAAUAAAGACGUCUGCGUACGUUCUCCGCAUGGGCCAAAAUGAGACGUGCAAGGCGACUUGUGGAUCCCAGAUAUUCCCGCCGGAUGACGCGAAAUUUGUGAAUAGCAGGAUAAAUCAAGGGUAUGACAUGAAUUGGUUAAUUGACGGACUACCGGCGGCUCAGCAGCUCAUGGAUCCCGAAGAUAACAGUACUUUCUACAGUCCCGGGUUCGCGCUUGGAUAUGUUUACGCUGAGGAUGACGAGACGCCCCAGGAGGAUAUGAUUCCUAUCUUCAACAACCACUAUAACAUCUUCGUGGACUUCCACCAGGCAGGUCACGAUUCGUAUCGUGUUGUGGGCGUUUUGGUAGAACCGAUGUCCCUGAAGAGCUCAAAGAACGUCAACGGAGAUCAGGCGCAAUGUGGGGACAUAGAUCACCCCCUUGUUCUAUCCGAGGACAGUACUACAGAGGUCACCUUCACGUAUAGCGUUUUCUGGCGGGACUCGGCAACUCCUUUCGCAACGCGAUGGGACAAAUAUCUCCACGUAUACGACCCCAGAAUUCAUUGGUUGUCCCUUGUCAACUCUGCCGUCAUUGUCAUCUUCCUGAUCACCACGGUUAGCACUAUUCUGGUCAGGACGUUGAGGAAAGAUAUCGCCCGGUAUAAUCGUCUUGACCAGUUUGCGCUGGACGACCUUUCAGGUACCAGUGCAGUGGAAGAUGGCGUUCAAGAAGACUCCGGUUGGAAGCUGGUUCAUGGAGAUGUGUUUAGAGCUCCGAAAAAUCCCCUCCUGCUCUCGGUCCUGCUAGGGAAUGGAGCCCAACUGUUCAUGAUGGCUGGCUUUACCAUUGCAUUUGCUAUGCUUGGCUUUCUUUCGCCGUCCAACCGUGGCGCUCUCGGCACUAUAAUGAUCCUUCUGUACACCUUUUUCGGCUCGAUCGGUGGCUACGUCUCCGCGCGCACCUACAAAUCCUUUGGCGGAGAGAAGUGGAAGCAGAACUUUGCUUUGACCCCUCUUGCGCUUCCCCUCGUUGUCUUUUCUACAUUCUUCUUGCUCAAUCUAUUCGUUUGGGCCCGCCAGGCAUCAGGGGCCGUGCCAUUCCUGACCAUGUUCGUCAUUGUCGGGCUCUGGUUCGUCAUCAGCGUGCCUUUAUCUAUCGCAGGCAGCUGGGCAGGGUUUCGACACCCAGCUGUCGAGGCGCCCGUACGCACGAACCAGAUUCCCCGCCAGAUCCCACAGGCAUCGGGCUACCUUCGACCUCUUCCUAGCAUGCUAAUUGCCGGAGUCCUUCCAUUCGGCGCCAUCUUUGUUGAACUAUACUUUAUAAUGAACAGCAUAUGGUUCAGCAAAGUAUAUUACAUGUUCGGUUUCUUGUUUGUGUGCUAUGGCUUGAUGAUCAUGACAUGCGCAUCCGUCACGGUACUGAUGGUCUACUUCGUUCUGUGCGCAGAGGACUAUCAUUGGCAGUGGCGGUCGUUCUUCACAGCGGGUGCGAGCGCAGGCUAUGUGUUCCUUAGCGCCAUACUUUACUGGCUCAGGGCCUUGAGUUUUACGAGUUGGACGAGUGGUGUGUUGUAUCUGGGCUAUAGUGCGCUGAUUAGUCUGAUGGUGUUUGUGCUGACUGGGUCCAUUGGGUUCUUCGCCUCGUGGAUGUUUGUUCUCAAGAUAUAUAGAUCGAUCAAGGUGGACUAGACUGUUUGUUGAAGUGAGACAAAAUCGACUUCUGGGGGCAGAUUUCUAGUUUUUUUUUUUUUUUUUUUUUUUUUU